GCCUGCCUUCCGUUGCGCACACACUCAGUCCGCGAGAUUCUCAGUUCGCGUGCGCCAAAGAUACAAGUAGACAAAAAAGAUACAAAGAUACAUAUCUGUCAGAUACAAAUACACCCUAUAAACAAAAAGAUAAAGCAAGCCCCCUUAAGAUCGCAAGCUAAAAAGUGCUGAAAAUGCAGCUAGCCUUAUAAGUGCCAAGUGUUGACAAGUGACCAGAUACAAUAUCUACAAAGAAUACCUUACCAAAGGUAUCUCCUAGUUACAUCCUUAAAGAGUACUCACAAAAACCAAACAAAAUGCUGGUUGGUUCGCAUCCGUAUUUGUGCAACGGCGUGCCCGCUGCCCCCGCAAAUACCGCUGCCAAUGCCAGUGCACAGACCACAACAACGACGGCCAGCAAAAGUGCCGCCGGCUCGGCAACGGACUUCUCCAUAGCCGCCAUCAUGGCUCGGGAAGAUGCCUCCAGUCGGGAGUCCUCAAUUCGCAGUGCAAGUCCCAUUUCGGUGGAAGAUGAGGUUGACGUUGAUGUGGUCGAUUGCAGUGAUGCCGAGGAGCCGCCAACUAAGGCCCGACGUUUGAACCACCAUCAGCACCACAAUCACAACAACAAUCACCACCACCAUCACAACAACAAUAAUAAUAACAACAAUGUGGCACAGAAGAGUCGCAACAGUGUUGGUAGCGCCGUGGCCCAAACAGCUUCCGCCGAAUCUCAAUUAAACACCAGCUCGACAAGCAGCCAAGGACGCUGCUCCACACCGCCCCAGUCCCCGGGAACGGAGGACAGUGAGGAGCGUUUAACACCCGAACCGGUGCAGAAGGCACCCAAAAUUGUUGGCUCCUGCAAUUGCGAUGAUCUCAAGCCAGUGCAAUGCCAUCUGGAGACCAAAGAGCUGUGGGAUCGCUUUCACGAUCUCGGCACCGAGAUGAUCAUCACCAAAACGGGCAGACGCAUGUUCCCCACUGUGCGAGUGAGUUUCUCGGGUCCACUGAGGCAAAUCCAGCCCGCCGAUCGCUAUGCCGUCCUGAUGGACAUCAUACCAAUGGACUCGAAGCGGUAUCGUUACGCCUACCAUCGGUCCGCUUGGCUGGUGGCCGGCAAGGCUGAUCCCGCACCCCCAGCCCGCCUGUACGCCCAUCCCGACAGUCCGUUCAGCUGCGAGGCGCUACGCAAACAAGUUAUCUCCUUCGAGAAGGUGAAGCUGACUAAUAACGAAAUGGAUAAGAACGGACAGAUCGUCUUGAACUCGAUGCAUCGGUACCAGCCCAGGAUCCACUUAGUCCGCCUGAGCCAUGGCCAGAGCAUUCCCUCGAAUCCCAAAGAACUGCAGGAUUUGGAUCACAAAACCUACGUGUUCCCGGAGACCGUGUUCACGGCGGUCACUGCCUAUCAGAACCAGCUGAUUACCAAGCUGAAGAUCGACUCGAAUCCCUUUGCCAAGGGUUUCCGUGACUCCUCCCGCCUCACCGACUUCGAUCGCGAUCCCAUGGAGGCCCUUCUCCUAGAGCAGCAACUCCGUUCCCCACUCCCUUUCCCAGAUCCGCUGAUGCAACAGUUUGCCGCCCAGGGUGAUCCCUCCUCGAUGGCUUUGUUCGAGAAGGCCCGCCAGCAUCUGCAAAUGUUCGGAGGUAACUCCCCGUAUGCCCAGCUAAUGAUGCCACAAAUGUAUCAGGCAGCGGCGGCAGCAGCGGGACCACCACCUCCACCGCCUGGUCUGGGCGCCUUCCACAUGUUCCAGCAGCAGUGGCCACAGCUUACCGCCGGCUUCUUGGCCAGCGCCAAUCAGCAAGCGGCCGCCGCUCAAGCCGCUGCCCAAGCUCAAGCGCAAGCGCAGGCAGCCGCCGCCGCAGCAGCAAUGGCCGCCAACCGUACGCCUCCGCCCCCGCCUACCGCUUCGACGCCCUCGUCGACGUCAUCGGGAUCGCCGUCGCCCGAUAUGCGGCCGCGUCAGUAUCAGCGCUUCAGUCCCUAUCAACUGCCCGGCGGUCAGGGGCCGCCCUCAUCGGCUGCCGGUUCGCCGCCAGCGGUCACCGCCUCCCGCAGCCCAGCCCACUAAGAGUAGCAAUACAAGGCCAACCUUAGUUCUUGCCACGAGCAGUAUUAAAAAGGAAAAGCUUUGGGGUUGAAAGUCGUUUAAAAUUGGUAAAAAUCUAAAA